AUGAAUCCAAAAGUUGUUUGGCAAUGGAUCUAUCGAAAACUUAUCUCUUACAAUCUUUUUAUAUUGAGCGAAGAUGAUUAUGAAGAUGACGACGAUACUCACUAUAUCCAAGAUCCUAGGAUUGUUCUUAAGUAUCAAAAAUACAAAACUUGGCUGUACGUAAUUCUUUUUACAGUAUGUCUCUAUGUACUGUUCUACGUCACAUUGAUGAAGGUAGAAUCUCAAACGGUGAUCGUAACGAAAAUCACACCGGAAACAUUUCUUCAACUUAAUUCUGAACAUGGUGAAACUCUUUCAUGUCCAUGUUCAAUCGUGACAAUACCGUACAAGAAUUUUGUCUCUAACGAGAUUAUAAUGCAUCCUAUUUGUUCGAGUGCCUUCGUUGACCAGCAAUGGAUUCAAGCAAUCUAUUUUGAAGAUGCCAGUCGAUAUGGAGUUUGGGAUUUUCGAACCAGUGCCUAUUCACAGUUUGAACUUCUAUUCAAACUUUGUAGACUUUGUCAAGAUGUGAUUACCCAAACGAUAGGCGAUAUUGAUAAUACCGAGUUGAUCGCCAUUGAACUCCUUUCGGAAGCACAAAUUCGACAGGAAGUUAAUGCUAUUAUUGCAUUCGAAAAGAUUAGUGCAUCUAGUCGGAUGACAACAUUGUUAAAUUAUACUAGAACAACAAUCCAGGGAAACUUUUUUGUUUCGGCACUGGGAACCAAUUGGAUUAUUGGAACCGAGUAUAGUUUCGAUGGUUACUCUCCUUUCUUAAUUGCCAUGCCAGUGUCACUGCAAGUUCCAAACUGGGAAACAAUGUUAUGCAGUCAAGGCAUCGCAUCAGUCGAAGCCACUCUUCCACCCCUAUCCAAUGAUUCAAUUGAUUACUUUCGUCGAGCAGAGAUGACACCUCUGGAUAAUUCGACGAUUGUCCACGGUUUCUUUGUAGGAUGUACCCCUCUUGAAGCACUUCUCCAGAGUACAUUGCAUUGUCUGUAUGAUUCGGAAUGUCUCGACUUAUUAUUCGAUUACUUUCCAAAUCUAUACCGUACUAAUUUCACUCCGAGCAAUUUACGUUUAACUUCACAAUACGAGAAUAUGUCGGUAGCCGACAAUUUAAAUCGUCUUUUUGCUACUAACUGGUCAUCGAAUCUAAACUAUUCGAGAUACUUCCAUCAAUGCUCUCCAUCCAUGUGUACAUACACAACAACAACUCGAACAGUUCUAUCCUAUGCAAUUACUCUAUUUAUUAGUCUUUAUGGUGGUCUAAUCAUCAUACUUCGUACGAUAUGCAUCCUUUGCCUCUUCACAUCAUUAACUAGUGAAACGAUGACGAAAAUCGUGUCGAAGCCUUCACUAUCGACUUACAAUUCAUUGGAAAGCAUAUAUUCGGCGACACUUCGAUGUCCAUGUUCAAAGAAAGCCAUACCUUAUCAAAUAUUUCUUACUACUUCUCUACGUUUUCAUCAAAUAUGUUCGAGCGGUUUUAUUCAAAAUGAUUGGAUCAAAAUCUUGCGAAGUAGUGGCUUUAGCAUCACCGAGAACGAUUGGAGUAACACUGUCGGCACAGAAUUUCGAGUCUUGUCCGACUUUUGUCAGUUAGCAAACAAGACAAUCGAUGAUGCUACGAAUCGAUUUUUAUCCCAAGUAUAUAUCGCUUCCUUUGCAAUGAAUCAGCGCGAUUUUCACCGGGAAUUAUCUUCGAUAGCCAAACAAUUUUAUCAAUCGACACUCUACAAUUUCAAUUCUCUGAAAAAUUUUCAACAACUCAUCAUUCAAGUCGAUCAGUUUUACCGAGGAUCAAUUCAAGCUUCAUUUAUAUUCUACUACAAUGGUCUAACUGUCAAUAUAAUAACAGAUGAAACAAGUAAUCGUCAAACAGCAAAGAUGCAAUUUGUUCUAAGUGAAAUUCAACCAAUCAAUUCGACCAUGGCCACAUGUGUUUGUGCUGUAGAUCCAUCUUGUCACAGUUCAGCUGUUCUGUAUAACCGAUCAUCUGAUUAUAAUUUGAUGUAUACUGUACCUGGUUGGAGUAAAGGCUGUUCCGGAAUGGAUUCGCUACGACUAUCGACACUUCAAUGUCUAUAUCCAGAAUCAAACCCGGACUGCUUUCCGCUCUUCCUGAGUGUUAUAUAUAAAGUAUCGGAAGUCUUUCUGUAUCUUGAAUCAUCAUCACUUCAAAUUAAGCCGUUAAUUUACGAUUCAACCAUAAGCCGUUAUCCUCCUAAUACAUCGAUGUCCGUUAUCUUUGACGAAAUGAUGCUUGAACAAUGGAAUAUAUCUGCAUCGUACGAGCUCUUCUACGAAUCAUGUGCACCGGCAUAUUGUUCGUUUUCUGAACGAAUUCACAAAGGAAAUUUCAUUGAAGUUGUUAUAAUGCUAGUAUCGAUGAUCGGUGGUAUCGUCAUUUCACUUCGUCUAAUAGCACCAUAUUUAGCUAACUUCAUUCUUGACUUUUGGAUUACAUUAGGGAAGAAACCUAAAAAACGAAAACAAGCUCAUCGAAGUUGUUUCGAUUGGUUGAAAACACUUGUGAACAAAUUCGUAACACUCUUGCGUAAUACAAUACUUAACUUGAAUAUAUUCACGGUGCAUGACUUUGGAAGUCAUGAUGAUCGAGCGACUGUCAAACGUCAUGGUCAAUGGGCAACGCGCCUUUUCUUCAUUCUAUUUCUCAGCAGUCUGAUUUUGCUUAUUUCUUAUACCACUAUUCAACCUAAAACUAUAACAAAAACGUAUGAUAGACCAUUGUUUACUUUCUACAAACAUUUAAUAGAAAUUCAUGGUGAUGAAUUGGAGUGCACAUGCUCGAAUAUUGCAUCAUCAUUCGAUCGAUUCGUCAAUAUUGAACCUGUAUUUCACUCGAUUUGUUCGAGUAAAUUCAUUUUCGAUGAAUGGCGAGUUGAGUUGACAAAUGGUCUGGAUCAUAAUUUAACUGCNAAAACUAUAACAAAAACGUAUGAUAGACCAUUGUUUACUUUCUACAAACAUUUAAUAGAAAUUCAUGGUGAUGAAUUGGAGUGCACAUGCUCGAAUAUUGCAUCAUCAUUCGAUCGAUUCGUUAACAUUGAACCUGUAUUUCACUCGAUUUGUUCGAGUAAAUUCAUUUUCGAUGAAUGGCGAGUAGAGUUGACAAAUGGUCUGGAUCACAAUUUAACUGCAUACGAACAGAGAGAUUACCGUCGAUUUCUCUCUGCACAUUUGCAAUAUCUUCGAGGACUGUGCCAAUUUUCACAACAGUCAGUGAAUAAUUCUGUGAAUGAGUUUUUAACAUCAUUGUUAGUCACCAGUGAGCUUUUAUCGCUCAACAAUUUCUAUGAUCGUCUGAAUCGUUCUAUCGUGAAAACGAAAUUGAACGCUCCGGUCUUAUUCUCUCGGCUUCUGUUCGUUAUUCGUAGUAUCAAUCAUGGAAAUGCGUUCAUCUCAACCUAUGGCACAAAUUUUCUGUAUAUACCCGAGCCGGAAGAAAAUUCAUUCGAAUACACACCUACAACGACUGUCACGUAUGAUAAUAAUUGUUCAUGCGGACUAUUUUCAAAUUGUACAACCCAAGCCAAUUUUAUUGAGGCAAAUUCUAUGAGAAAAUAUCCCAUCAAAGGUAUGAAAAUGGGAUGCACACCAAGUGAGUCACUUCUCGCUUCAACUCUCGAAUGUUUCUACGACCAGUCAUGUUUGGAUCUCAUUCGUCGGUACACCAAUUGUCCGAAUUCGUCAGUUCCUCUCUCGAUAAACAACAGCCGAUUUCUACAGAAUACAACUAUCGAUCAACUUGCACAUGAUUUAUUUCUCGAAAAAUGGUCAACACAAGUAGAUUAUCCAUCUUAUUAUGAACACUGUUCACCUUCCAUUUGUUCUUAUGCUCGCAUUGAAAGAUUCAAUGUUCUGUACACUAUCACGAUUAUACUUGGCCUUCAAGGUGGUCUAACUAUUGCACUCAAAUGGAUUUGUCCAAAACUCGUUCGAAUUGCUUCAAAAAUCUAUCAAAAUCGGAAAAAGCAAGCAAGCUCUGUUCGACCGUCGUCUCACGUGAUGACUAACACAAUAACGAUAAGGCCUGAAACUACGACAAGUCUGUCGGUUCGAUCGUAUGCGAAAAUAAUCAGCGGCGUUGUAGUUUUAAGCUGUUCGAUAGCAUGCAUCAUCAUUUUUUUCUCAAUCUAUUAUGCAGGGCAAAAUUCAGCGACGACGAGCUUACCAUCGACUGGCAGUUUCAGUGUAACAAUGAGUACGACAAUAACACCAUCUUCAAGUGCACCAGAACCAGUAUGUUCGUUCCAAUUCAAACAGAUAUCUACAGGUACACGAUGUUUAGUAAGCAGUUUAAUUCCUAGUAUCAUUGUCGAUCUCAAUGAUGAUGGUCGAACCGAUUUAAUAAUGUAUUGCGAUUCGACAAAAACAGUAGACGUGCUACUUGGGACAGGCAAUGGGACAUUUCAUGAAGUAAGCAAGUUUCCAUUAGGAAAUCACACAGCCAUACGUUUUAUUCGUACGGCCGAUACAAACAAUGAUGGCCGACUCGAUUUAAUCGUUGCGUACGAUGUUUUCUUGCCUUCAGACUUUUUACAUUCGGUACGUUAUAUUCUUAUUCUAUUUGGUUAUGGCAACGGUACAUUUCAAACUACAAACAUACAAUCAUUAACAUUGACUGGCUUUCUAGUAGAUAUUUCUGUAGUUGACGUCAAUGAAGAUCACAACGUAGAUAUCGUUUAUUUGUUUCAGUUGGAUGAUUAUGUUUAUGUACGUUGGGGAGAUGGAAAUGGAACAUUUUCAUCACAACUAAUGCUUUUUACGAGCUUUAAUAGUAAUCUAAGACAAUUAGCUAUUGCUGAUUAUAAUCAUGAUAAUCACAUAGAUAUAGCUGUAAUGAAUUCCAGAUCACUUCAUAUUCAUCUAUAUCUGUCAGACACUGAAGGUGGUUUUCAAGCACAGAAACGCAUCUACACAGCAUUCGAUAUAAGCUCAUUUGUUAUGCUCAUUGGCGAUUUUGAUCAUAGAAAUCAGUCAAAUAUCAUUCUUGUUCAUCAAUGGAAGAACACAGGUUAUUUACUGUACCGUUAUGACAAUGGUACUUUUACUGUCGACGACCAAAUCAUGUUCAAUGAACCGGUUGAAUUACAUUCAGUUAUUGUCGGUGAUCUGAACAAUGAUAAGCACUUAGAUAUAAUUAUUGGCGGAGUUUACCCUUAUAGAGUGCAUGGAUUUUUUGGAAAUGGAAAUGGGUAUUAUCAAUUUCAAAUGAUUGAUUCGAGUAAUGCGGAUAUUUAUGAAAUCUGGCUUGGAAUCGAUGAUUUCAAUAAUGAUUAUUGCCAAGAUCUGAUCAAGAUGAGUGUUGGUUCCAGAACCAUCGAUGUUUUACUGAAUACGUGUCAAUGUUCUACAACCUAA